UUCUUUAUGGGUAUAGAAUAUAAAUGUAACGCAAUGGUCAACAUGUAUUUGAAGGCUUUUUGUGUGAAUGCAGUUGUCUCUGAUUGGAGGGGAAAACACGGACCUAUUUUCAUUCCUUUUGGGCGCGUUUUGGGUUGUCAUUGGGCUGGAGAUGUUCUUGGACUUGCAAACCCUGCGCAGGUAUGUGACGUCGCUUGGGCUCAGGUGAGCUUGUUCCUGGCAGGCUAUCAGAGGCGGUAAGCCACACAUCUGCACAGCACGUAAGAACAUGGCUGUCCGUGACAAGAUGCAGACGUGGUGCUGCAGUGUUGGCACACUGAGACCGUGGCUCAUGCUUGUCUCUGGGAUUUUACUCAGCGUUGAGAACCGGGGGGUCAUGGCAGCCCCCGAGACCGGACAAUGGAGUGUGACUAUUGUCAAUACCACAAAACCACUGCUGCUGAGAAAGUCCAUGUACAAAGACACAGAUGUCCAGUUGAAAGUUGUGUUAUUCAGCUGUCCAGAGAAGGUGACGUUUACCAUUAAGUGGUAUCUGAAGUUUUAUCCUUGUCACAACGAGUUCAACAACAUAGAGGAGAUGUAUGAGAGGACGCCCCUGAGCCGAGAUGAGGGGCUGGACCCCAACCCCCUGGGGCAGGGAGAGGGCAUCCUGCACAUGCACCAGCCCCUCACCUGCAACAGCAGCCUGCGCUUCUUCCCCAUGCUCAAUAAAGCCAAGGCUGAACCUCGUCCCUUAGUGCCACAUGCGGAGGGGGCGGAACCGGACCAGAACUACACCAGGUGGACAAUGGAGGAGUACCAGCGUGGCUCCGCACCUCUGAGGAACGCCAGCCUGCCCGCCAAGAGUGACGUCAUAGCAACCACCUGGAGGGACGGGCCCUACCUGCUGGUGGUCAAGAUCUCCUCCGAUCGGCCCGCCGCCGGAUGGAACCUGACUGUGAGUGUGGUGAUGAAGGGGUCUCACGGUUUCAUCUCUGUCACUGAGUGGCCUCUCAUGAUCUUCUACAUGGUGAUGUGUGUGGUGUACAUCCUGCUGGGCCUGCUGUGGCUGCUGUGGUCGGCCUGCUACUGGAAGGACCUGCUGAGGAUCCAGUUCUGGAUCGCGGGGGUGAUCUUCCUGGGCAUGGUGGAGAAGGCUGUGUUCUGCGCCGAGUACGAGAACACAAACUCCAUGGGGGCUGCUUCCCCAAGCCUGCUGAUCUUUGCUGAGCUGGUGUCUGCUCUGAAGAGGACCCUGGCCAGACUGCUGGUCAUCAUCGUCAGUUUGGGCUACGGCAUUGUCAAGCCACGCCUAGGCACAGUUAUGCACAGAGUGGUGGGGCUAGGAGUCCUGUACUUUGCCUUCGCCAGCAUUGAAGGGGUCCUGAGGAUCACUGGGGGUCGGGAUAAUGGACCAGCCCUCAUCACAGCCAUAGUUUUAACUGUGUUUGACUCCUGCUGCGUGUGGUUCAUCUUCGUGAGCCUGGCCCAGACCAUCAAGACCCUGAAGCUGCGGAGGAACCCGGUCAAGCUGUCGCUCUACCGGCACUUCACCAACACGCUCAUCUUUGCUGUGUUAGCUUCCAUCAUCUUCAUGGUGUGGACCACUAAGAAGUUCAGGCUAGCAGACUGCCAGUCUGACUGGAUGGAGCUGUGGGUGGACGAUGCCUUCUGGAGGUUCCUCUUCUCCAUCAUCCUUCUCGUCAUCAUGUUCCUAUGGCGACCUUCCGCCAACAACCAGAGGUACGCUUUCACUCCGCUGAUGGACGACUCGGACGAUGAGGAGAUAGAGGAGUUCCUGGUGUCAGCUAACAUAGCUGAUGGGAUCAAGCUGCGGGCCACCAAUAAGAAUGAGUCCAACGGGUCAGCCAAGCCCCCCCCUGCGGCCCCAGGAGCCGGCCCUGAUGAUGACUUGAAGUGGGUGGAAGACCACAUUCCUACCUCUCUGACAGACGUAGCUCUGCCAGUCCUGCUGGACUCUGAUGAGGAAAUCAUGACCACCAAGUAUGAGAUGUCCAAGAUGGAGUAGAUGGGAGGAACCCCCCUCCUCUCGUAGAGAACCCCUCUCCUCUCCUGGACGACGCUCUCCUCCCCUGGAGAGAAGCCUCUCCUCCCUGGAGAACCUCUCCUGUCCUGGACAACCCUCCUGGAGAACCCUCUCCUCUAGAACCCUCUCCUGUCGAACCCCUUUCCUAAAGAACCUUCCCCUGGAGAACCCUCUCCUCUUUUGGAGAACCCUCUCCUCCAGAGU